CUGGUGAGUCUGCUGGUGUUCACACUGAAACUCAUCUAAACAAGAUCGAUAUGAAGAAAGCUGCUGUCCGUGUAUUACUACAUGUACAUGUACUGAACUGUAGUAUUUUAUCUUCACGUCUGCCGUCAAGGAUUCUUCUUCUUCUCAAGACGGAGACAAGAAGAACAAGAAGAAGAACAAGAAGAAGAAGAAGAAAAAAAGAGGCCAACAUGUCCAACGCUCUGGUGAGGAGAAACUCCAGCAAACAGGGUUUACAAAACCUUUUGAGGCUGACAGCUCAGAGGAGCGUGGAGGAUGCUGAGGAGGUGGAGAGGGAGCGCCGUCGACGAGCCCGGGAGUCUACCAGCUGGACCAGCGACGGCUCGCUACCCGGAGAGUCCUCACCGGAGGACGGGACACCGGCGGAGGAGAGCAAGUACGACGGCGACCUGAAGCCGAGCAGCUCGCUGUCUCUGGAGGAGGACGAAGGCUUCAGUGACUGGACGCAGCGUAGAGAGAGACGGAGGCAGCAGCGCCUGCAGGAGCUCAGCCAGGGAGGCGAGGAGGACGAGGACGAAGAGGAGGACUCGAUAAACAAAGCUGUACCCGUGAAGACUGCCCAGGCCUCGGUCAUGUCCUCCAGCCGACUCCAGAGACAGGAGCAUGCAAAGGAAGACAGCGCCGGGGUGGCAAUGGAGAGGAGGAAGGAGCGUGAGGAGGAGGCGAUUCGAGCUGAGAGGGUGAGGAGGGAGGAGGAAGAGGAGGACAAGAGGAAGAGAGAGGAGGUGAUGACCAGGAGGAGGGAGGAGAUUCAGAGGCCGAAUACAGAGGUGGAGAAAAGAAAAGAAGUUAAAAUCUCCUACACGUCCAAGGUGUUCCUUCACCAAGAGCCGAAACGCAGCGACGCCAAUGGAGACGCCACCAAAGAGGAAGUGAUGUCAUACAAGAACAACAUGACAAAAAGGUCCACCAGCCGAGCCGUGGAGCCGGAGGAAGCGGAGGCCAUCCUGGAGACGGAGCAGCGUCUGGAGAAGAUCCAGCUGAGCCUCCAGCAGAAGGGGAGCCAGGAGCUGGAGCAGCUGAGACACCGACAGGUGGAGGCCGAGCAGGAGCUGGAGGAGCUGAAGAAGAAGAGGGAGGAGAGGCGUCGAGUCCGGGUGGAAGAGGAGCGUCGGAGGGAGGAGGAGGAGCAGCAACGGAUGGCCAAAGAGGAGGAGGAGAGGAGACGGAUGAAGGAGGACAUCGAGAGGAGGAGGACGGAGGCAGCCGAGAGGAUGAAGAGCCUAAGUUCGUCCAGCGUGGACGGAGACGAGAUGUUCAGUCCCUUCAGUCCCAAAACUCCCACUCACAAGAUCACAGAGAGGACGGAGUCGCUGAACCGCUCGCUGAAGAAAAGUAACAGCUUUAAGAAGACGCAGCCUCUCGUCGUGCUGCCCAAGAUCGACGACAAACUGGAACAGUACGCCCACGCUGUGGAGAACUCGCAGGAGGUCCGGGCAGUGAAGGCAUCACUGACCGACCUGCCCAGCUCACCUGAGGUCGUCGCCGCCAAGAAAAACCUGUUUGAGGCCGGAGAAGCCUGGAGCCAGAGUCCCACCAAGGGAGCCACCUGCAAGGACGCUGAGGGGUUGAAGGUGGGCGUGGCCAACCGGAUCACUCAGUGGGCGAAGGGUUCGUCUGACGGCAGCAGACAGUCACUCUGCAAACCGACCGACGUGAGGCCUGGAGAUGUGAUGCAGAAAAAGAACAUGUGGGAGAUUAUUGGAGACUCAACAGGGCAGACUGGACAAAGAGCCAAGGGCUCAGCAGCUGGUAAAAAGUACAAAUUUGUGGUCACUGGUCACGGAAAAUAUGAGAAGAUCCCUGUGGACGGUGAGGACGGAAGAGAGUUCACUAAUGGAGAGUCUGAUUUAUAUCAAGAUGAUUACUGAGGACAUGUCGCCUCUUCACGUCUAUCAGACUCAAUAUUUCAUCUAUAUCCAAUAAAUCACUUUUUCUGACUCUCUCAGUUGGACAACUACAAACCAACAGCUCAAGUGCAAAAUAUUUGAUCAUCACAUGUCUAUAUUUGUUCAAUUUCCCCCUUGUUUUUGUAUUUUCUGACAUUCAGUUUCUAUUAUUAUGUAUAUAUCUGACUGUGAGCUUUAAUGUGUCUGUAUUAUUCUUGACUACAGUGUUUAGGUGUCUGGCUGAUCCUUAUAUGAUGGUGUGUAGGGAAAUCUAAAAGUCUUUUGAAUAGAAAAAGUUUACAGUCAUGUAGAAUUGAUGGAUCACACUUUGUUAUCUGCACUUAAACUUUGGCUAAAGAACAAUCUGAAACAGUUGAGCUCGGGAGAGACAACUGUAACAGCAGAGUUAAUGCUGAUGAUAAAAAUAACACUGGCAGUAUGAAAACCAAUUUAUUAUGACUUGGCUCACUUUGUGCAGCCAUGUACCCAAAAUAGAGGCCAUUGAUUUGGUGUCUGUUACAUCUCAACAACCUUUAUCAACUGAUCUAUACAAUCAAACUGUAUUUCCUGUGUAUGUUUUUAUCAGCUCUCUCUCUGUGUACUACUGCAGACAUUUUUUACUUUUAAUAUCAUGUACUGAGCUUUCUGAUUGUAUGUGUUUAUAACCCCUUUUCUUAAAUAAAUUAAAAUAAUUUUCUAA